GGUUUGGGUUUGAAAUUUGGGGAUCCUGAUGGUUUCUUCAGAGAUAGAAAUAGUUUCCUCGUCGUCUUCGGACUCAAAACCCCAAAACCCUCCCGCCGUCGCCGUCGAGGUCCCUAUCAUCGACGUCUACUCCGCCUCUGCUUACGGCGAUUUCCAGAAACUCCGCAAGUUCGUCGAGGAAGACGGCGCCUCUCUCUCCAGUCCUGACGCCAAUGGCUACUACGCUCUCCAUUGGGCUGCCCUCAACAACUUCCCUGAUCUCGCGCACUACAUCAUUCAGCAUGGCGGUGAUGUCAAUGCCACUGAGAAUAUACAGCAGACUGCAUUGCAUUGGGCAGCCGUGCAGGGUGCAAUCGCAGCAGCCGAUGUGCUCUUGCAGAAUGGAGCUCGGGUUGAGGCUGCUGAUGUCAAUGGCUACCGGGCAGUUCAUGUUGCUGCUCAGUAUGGGCAAACAUCUUUCUUGAACCACAUUGUUGCAAAGUAUCAUGCUGAUUUUGAUGCACCUGAUAACGAGGGCAGGAGUCCUCUUCAUUGGGCUGCAUAUAAGGGAUUUGCUGAUACAGUCCGGUUGCUUCUUUUUAGAGAUGCAAGCCAAGGCAGGCAGGAUAAAGAAGGUUGUACCCCUUUGCACUGGGCUGCUUUAAAAGGAAAUUUGGAGGUUUGCACUGUGCUUGUUCAUGCAGGCACAAAGCAGGAGUUAAUGGUGAAAGACAAUGCUGGUUUCACUCCUGUUCAGAUUGCAUCUGAUAAAGGUCAUCAGCGUGUCGCUCUUUUCCUUUCUAGCCAGCAGCAGGCUCAAGGAAACCACUGGUUAAAGAGAAUUUGUGGUGGGAAGAUUGCAGAUAUUGGUUAUGCUCCUAUCUUGUUGUGCACAAUAAUCAUUCAAACAGUUCUCUUCAUGAACUCAGUUGUUGCAGCUCCUAAUCUGACAAAGGUUACUGCCGCUGUUGGUUUCUGGGGAUGGGCAGCUAUUUCAUUUGCAGUGGGUUCGCUCAUUAUGUUCUACAGGUGCAGUAGUGAAGAUCCUGGCUACAUCAAAAGACCAGGGGACCUGGGCAGUCAUAUAGAUACAGAGGAUCCUCUGUUGAAUAUUGAUAUGAACAAUUCAUCUGUAUGGACAGGAAAUUGGUCUCAACUUUGUCCUACUUGCAAGAUAAUCAGACCUGUUCGCUCCAAACACUGUACCUCAUGUAAUCGAUGUGUAGAACAGUUUGACCAUCAUUGUCCCUGGAUAUCUAAUUGUGUUGGGAAGAGAAACAAGAGAGACUUCUUUAUUCUCAUCUGCAUGGGAACAUUGACAUCAAUCAUUUCUGCUGCUGUUACAGUUCAAAGGAUUUGGACUGCAGUGCCAGCAUGGCAAACCGAAGAAAUAUGGAUUCAUCAUGUGAUCGUUCAGUAUCCUACUAUUGUUGCAUUUCUGUGUAUUGACAUUAUUAUUGUGAUUUCUACUACGACUCUGACGACAGCACAAGCAACUCAGAUAGCUCGAAAUAUCACAACCAAUGAACUGGCAAAUGCUAUUCGUUACGGGUAUCUUCGUGGUCCAGAUGGGCGGUUUCGAAACCCUUAUAAUCAUGGGUGCCGUAAGAACUGUGCUGAUUUUUUCAUUCACGGCUAUACAGACGAUGAUGAAAUUGCCUGGCCUCCAUUGCAGCAGGUUGCCAGUUAAAUCUUCAUGUUAAUUAUGCACUUAUAUCACUUGAAUACUCUGACCAAGGAUGACGCGACACAGGUACCAAAUCUGAUACAUACAUCCUUGGUCAUAUACCGGUUCUAAUCCAUUAUAGCUAGCCAGAUGUAAAAUGGGAACACAAUGAAAUGGAAAUAAAAUAUUGAAAUUUUUUAUUCUGUGAUUGUGUUCUUUCUCAUAUCU